CAGAUGACUACCACGGGUGUGCAAUUCAACGUGGCUCCGUGCAACACAAUUUUAACGGAAGUCUGUUGUUGUUUUCAUGUGAUCGCAAAGUGAGGUAAGUUAUGUUGCGUGUUUGUAACACAACACCGGCCAAAUGGCAUAGUGAAAUAUUUCACUUCACUCUUGACUCAUGGUUCUCUGGACACCAAUCGAAGUGAUUGCAUGGACACCAUCUAAGAGAUUGCAUCUACACCAAUCUAAGAGAUUGCAUAUACACCAAUCUAAGUUAUUGCAUGCACACCAGUCUAAGAGAUGGCAUGGACACCAAUCUACGUGACAGCACGGACACCAAUCUAAGUGAAAGAUAUUAAGUUGUUUAACAAUAAGAAUAAAUAAAGACAGUGAAGAUGAUUCAUUUCCAUUUAUUGAUUUUAUGAAAUGUGAGCCAUUAGUGCGUUUUUUUCUCUGUGGACCAUCAAAACUCUGGCUUUCAGUUUGUCCGUGAUAAGUCCAUACUCAGGUGUGCAUUGAAAGCUUUAGUCAAAACAUUAAAAUUUACAAAAGCUUUGUGAGGCAUGAUCAGAUUUAUAUAUCUAUGUAUAUAUAUAUAUAUAUUUGCAGUAGAAUGAUUCUAUCUUAUGUUACUAAUGCAUUAGUGUUUACAUUUUUUUCCUCCAACGACAUCUCGAAGGCCAAUCUUUCUUGUACAAUAUACACGUUGAUCUCUUUCCUAUCACAAAAGAUAGGACAAGCAUUGAUACCUCUGUAGCCUCUUUGUAAACCAGGGAGGGGGGGGGUGGGGGAGGAGGGUAUAUUUUUAAUUCGACACAACCGUAUCCGGAAAUUUGAUCGAAAGCAAUUUCGUCGGCGGGAAAUUGAUCAACGGGUAAUUUGAUCGAGCGGAAAUUUGGUCGAAUCUUUUUUUUCUUUUUUUUUUUUUUUUUUUUUUUCAGUUUUUUACUUUAAAGUUUUUUAUCAAUUUUUUUUUGAAAGCAUUAUUUUGUUUUGCUUUAUAGUACAGUUCGACCAAAAAGAAAUUUGACAAAAAUAUGAACGUUUAAACUGAAAAAAAAUUUGACCAAAUUUCCGUUCGAUCAAAUUUACCGUCGACCAAAUUUCUUUUGAUCAAAUUUNGGAAAUUGAUCAACGGGUAAUUUGAUCGAGCGGAAAUUUGGUCGAAUCUUUUUUUUCUUUUUUUUUUUUUUUUCUUUUUUCAGUUUUUUACGUUAAAGUUUUGUAUCAAAUUCUUUUUGAAAGCAUUAUUUUGGUUUACUGUGCAGUGCGUUCAUAAAAAAAAUUUGACGAAAGUUUUAACGCGUGGGUCCCCCAGAGGUCAAAGAAUGUUUGUGGUGGCUUUUAGCGUGUUUUAUUCAAACCCACCUCUGUCAGCUAGUGUAUCCUCUGCCCCGUGUGCUGGCGCUCAGCUCUGUUGCUACCCACACCCACUGAGAUCAAACCAUUUGAACGUCUUGUACCGCACCCACCGAGAUCAAACCAUUUGAACGUCUUGUCCUGCACCCACUGAGAUCUAACAAUUUUAACGACUUGUCCCUCACCCACCGAGAUCAAACCAAUUGCACGUCUUGUCCUGCACCCACUGAGAUCAAACCAUUUGAACGUCUUGUACCGCACCCACCGAGAUCAAACCAUUUGAACGUCUUGUCCUGCACCCACUGAGAUCAAACCAUUUGAAUGUCUUGUCCUGCACCCACUGAGAUCAAACCAUUUGAACGUCUUGUCCUGCACCCACCGAGAUCAAACCAUUUGAACGUCUUGUCAUGCACCCACUGAGAUCAAACCAUUUGAACGUGUUGUCCUGCACCCACUGAGAUCUAACCAUUUGAACGUCUUGUCCUGCACCCACCGAGAUCAAACCAUUUGAACGUCUUGUCCUGCACCCACCGAGAUCAAACCAUUUGAACGUCUUGUCCUGCACCCACUGAGAUCAAACUAUUUGAACGUCUUGUCCUGCACCCACUGAGAUCAAACCAUUUUAACGUCUUUUCCUGCACCCACCGAGAUCAAACCAUUUGAACGUCUUGUCCUGCACCCAUCGAGAUCAAACCAUUUGAACGUCUUGUCCUGCACCCACCGAGAUCAAACCAUUUGAACGUCUUGUCCUGCACCCACCGAGAUCAAACCAUUUGAACGUCUUGUACCGCACCCACCGAGAUCAAACCAUUUGAACGUCUUGUCCUGCACCCACUGAGAUCAAACCAUUUAAACGUCUUGUCCUGCACCCACUGAGAUCUAACCAUUUGAACGUCUUGUACCGCACCCACUGAAGUCCUGCACCCAGCGCGAUCAAACCAUUUGAACGUCUUGUCCUGCACCCACCGAGAUCAAACCAUUUGAACGUCUUGUCCUGCACCCACCGAGAUCAAACCAUUUGAACGUCUUGUCCCGCACCCACCGAGAUCAAACCAUUUGAACGUCUUGUCCUGCACCCACCGAGAUCAAACCAUUUAAACGUCUUGUCCUGCACCCACUUAGAUCUAACCAUUUGAACGUCUUGUACCGCACCCACUGAGAUCAAACCAUUUGAACGUCUUGUACCGCACCCACCGAGAUCAAACCAUUUGAACGUCUUGUCCUGCACCCACUGAGAUCUAACCAUUUGAACGUCUUGUUCUGCACCCACUGAGAUCAAACCAUUUGAACGUCUUGUCCUGCACCCACUGAGAUCUAACCAUGUGAACGUCUUGUACCGCACCCACUGAGAUCAAACCAUUUGAACGUCUUGUACCGCACCCACUGAGAUCUAACUAUUUGAACGUCUUGUCCUGCACCCACUGAGAUCUAACCAUUUGAACGUCUUGUCCUGCACCCACUGAGAUCUAACCAUUUGAACGUCUUGUCCUGCACCCACCGAGAUCAAACCAUUUAAACGUCUUUCCUGCACCCACUGAGAUCUAACCAUUUGAACGUCUUGUACCGCACCCACCGAGAUCAAACCAUUUGAACGUCUUGUCCUGCACCUACUGAGAUCUAACCAUUUAAACGUCUUGUCCUGCACCCACUGAGAUCUAACCAUUUAAACGUCUUGUCCUGCACCCACUGAGAUCAAACCAUUUAAACGUCUUGUCCUGCACCCACUGAGAUCAAACCAUUUGAACGUCUUGUCCUGCACCUACUGAGAUCUAACCAUUUAAACGUCUUGUCCUGCACCCACUGAGAUCUAACCAUUUGAACGUCUUGUCCUGCACCCACUGAGAUCAAACCAUUUAAACGUCUUGUCCUGCACCCACUGAGAUCUAACCAUUUGAACGUCUUGUCCUGCACCCACUGAGAUCUAACCAUUUGAACGUCUUGUCCUGCACCCACUGAGAUCAAACUAUUUGAACGUCAUUGUCCACAACGAUCCUAAGAAAUCAUUCAAUAGUGUUUGAAGGUGCCGGUAAGAUUAUUUUGUUUGUAAACUGAACUCCUGUUUUCUACAUUUGUUUAUUUUUGUAUUUUUAAUCUUAAGGAAGAGACUUAUAAAUCACUCCUAACAUCCAAUCCAACAUUGUUUCGGGUUCAUGAAUGUUUAAAUAUUUUUAGUUUUUCAAUUGAUGUUCGUCGUGGUUUUUUUCGAUUAUCUGAACAUGAUUUGAGGCUACUACGAUGGUUUAACUGAAUGCUACAGAGAUUAGAUUGUUGGUUCGGUUUCAUUAUAGGUGCUGAAUGUUGACUCCACUUGCUGUCAUCAGUCCGACUGUGCUUGAAGAGAAUGGUGCGGAGUGCUAAGGAGCCCACGAUUGAGUCACAGAAGGUGGAGCUCAAGAGAGAGCUGGGAUUGGUCGGAGCUUCCUCUGUGGUCAUUGGAACGAUUAUAGGUAGCCUUUAGAAGACACACUUCGUUAGACAGUUUUGUAUUCAAAAUUGUAAAUGUCAGAAUAUAAACAAGGGAACUGUAGCAAUAGUGAGAAUGUGAAUCUUUCAUCGGAGAUACUAAACAUUUAAGAAGCCUAUAACAUUGGGAAUGUUAGAUUGCAAUAUUUCAAUCAAUAGCCUAUUAAAUAAGUUACUAAUCAUUCCAUUUUUUGUUUAUAGUUUGUUUAGUUAUUUUUUUGUUUAUAGUUUGUUUAGUUAUUUUUUUGUUGAUAGUUUGUUUAGUUAUUUUUUUGUUUAUAGUUUGUUUAGUUAUUUUUUUGUUUAUAGUUUGUUUAGUUAUUUUUUUGUUUAUAGUUUGUUUAGUUAUUUUUUUGUUUAUAGUUUGUUUAGUUAUUUUUUUGUUUAUAGUUUGUUUAGUUAUUUUUUUGUUUAUAGUUUGUUUAGUUAUUUUUUUGUUUAUAGUUUGUUUAGUUAUUUUUUUGUUCAUAGUUUGUUUAGUUAUUUUUUUGUUUAUAGUUUGUUUAGUUAUUUGUUUGUUUAUAGUUUGUUUACUUAUUUUUUUGUUUAUAGUUUGUUUAGUUAUUUUUUUGUUUAUAGUUUGUUUAGUUAUUUUUUUGUUUUAUUUGUUUUCUUGCUGAUUUUUUUUUAUAUUGAUACAACAAUCCAUGAUAAAAUUUACCUUGUCACGAAUACGGCUGUCACCUUCUCAACAGGUUCCGGUAUAUUUAUCUCCCCUAAGGGCGUGCUAGAGAACACGGGAUCUGUGGCACUCAGUCUUAUUGUUUGGUUUCUAUCAGGAGUUAUCUCUCUCGGAAGUAAGAUUUAAUACGUAUUUAUAAAGGAAAGAUGUAAAUAAAGAGUUUUUACAAUUAAUAAAGCGAAUAAAACCCCAAAAAAUAAAGAACCGGAUUAAAUUGAUUAAAUCCGUUCCUUUUCCACAGAACUGAAUUAGCUGCGAGAUUAAUACAUAUUUAUGGGGGGGGGGUGUGGCAUGUGUGAGUUCCCACAAUUUAUUUCUUAGAGCUUUGCCCCACUGAGUAAAUAAAUAAAUAAAGUAUGUAAUCCUAUUGUUAAGAUGUAAUUCUUGAAGAGAGGUCCUAAAAGGACGUACGGGUAUCUAGAAAUUUGACUCAUACAUAUGCCACCCUGUCCCCUUCCCUCCCCCCCCCCCUCGCCACCCAUGGGGAACACUUUACCUUUUUUUUUACACAUUUGUUCUGUGCUUCACGAAAUGUUUUCUCAGGUGCCCUGUGUUACGCUGAACUAGCGACGACCAUUGGUAAAUCAGGGGGCACUUACACCUAUCUCCAGAUGGGUGUGGGCAAUUUCUUGGCAUUCGUGUAUGCCUUUCAGGUAUGUUCUCAUUCUCGUAUGCCAUUCAGGUAUUCUCUCAUUCUUCUACGUCAUUAAAUUAUUCUCUCUUUCGUGUAUAUCAUUCAGAAAUACUCUCAUUCAUGUACGUCAUUCAGGCAUUCUCUCUUUCGUGUACGUCAUUCAGGCAUUCUCUCUUUCGUGUACAGGAUGGGCCAAUAAAAGUGAGAACAUCUCGUAGCGUAAUAUUUUACGAGAUGUUCUCACUUUUAUUGGCCCACCAUGUACAUCAUUCAGGUAUUCUCUCAUUCUUGUAUGUCAUUCAGGUAUUCUCUUAUUCGUGUAUGUCUUUCAGGUAUUCUCUCAUUCUCGUAAAAUAAUAGUACAUGUAAUUGUCUAAUUCUUGUAUGUCGUGCAUUUAUUGUCUUCAAAGUUAUUGUCUUUAGCUAUUGUUUUAUUUUUUUAUAUCGUCUUAACCUACUUUCUUAAAUGUGUUGAUUUAUCAUCAGAGAAGCGGACACUCUUGGACGUGUCAUAGUUAUAAGUGAAGUAUUAAUAGUUAUAUAAUUAGCAGUGAAAACUCUGUAUUUUAGAGAUAAAGAAGCCAAAAUUAAUUUAACUCAACCUAAUUUUUUUUUUACCAGAACAUAAGAAUAUAAUGUAAUACUUGAGUACAUCAGAGAAUAUCACCCUUGCCGUCGUGUUCGCCAGAUGCUAACAAAUUUGUUGCACUGUUAUUUCAGACGAUUUUUAUCAUCAUUCCCGGUGUGGUCAUCAUCACCUUGUUGACCUUCGCCAAGUACCUCGUCUCCCUGCUACCUCUGUGCGGCUCACCUGCUUACCUGGAGAAGUUCAUUGUUGCCUUGGUUGCGGGUCAGUUUUGAAUAGUCCACACACAAAAAUCUUAACAUGAUUAGCUGGUUCCUUUAAAAUUGCUUAAAUUAUUUGUAGAUUUCUUGAAGAUUAUAAAAAUUAAGAAAAGUAUUUUUUAAAAAAAGAGUGGUAGAAAGGAGGACAGUAGAGAUGGGAAUCGAACCCUCAUAUAGAAGUUUGUUUCGGGGUCCGGUCGUCAACAGGGUUUGGUUCGGUUUGGUUCGGUUUGGUUCGGUUUGGUUCGGUUUGGUUCCGGUUUGGUUCAGUUUGGUUCGGUUUGGUUUGGUUCGGUUUGGUUCGGUUUGGUUCGGUUUGGUAGCCAAACCAAGCCAAGCCAAACCAAGCCAAACCAAGCCAAGCCAAACCUUCGGUUUGGUUCUUUGGUUCGGUUUGGUUCGGUUUGGUUCGGUUUGGUUCGGUUUGGUUCGGUUUGGUUCUUUGGUUCUUUGGUUCGGUUUGGUUCGGUUUGGUUCGGUUUGGUUCGGUUUGGUUCAGUGAGUUACAUUUGGGUUCCUAUGAUAAUCAUCCCUUGUAAACAGAGAUUUUAGAAUGUAAUCGGGAAGGGGGAAAAGCAGGGCCGGCGCUAGGAGGGUGCGGGGGCCUUAAGCAAAUUGAAUUUUGCGGGGCCGUAGAUGUUAUAUAUUCCGCCGAUAGGAUAUCAAGACACGUGUUAGUUGUACUGGGGCCUUGCUGGUCAUAAUGGGACGCGUCAUAACGGAUAUUUGUUCAGUCGCUUAGUUUCUGAAAUUUCCAAAUUUUCCUAUAACAGGUAAUUACCUUAGCGCAAAUUACCCAUCGCGGCUCCAUUGUUACCAAUGCCAAGGUUGUCAAAAACAAAUAACGAAAACACGAAGCUGAAUGAGUUGACUAUCUAAUAACUCCGAAUAGGGUGUUGACUGGAUUAGGAACUAUUAGUAGGCUUAGGUAUUAUAAAUAUACUACGGCAACGCGCGGGGCCCCCACUUUAGAACCCCCUAGCACCGGGCCUUGGGAAAAGGGUGAGGUGGGAAGAGAGAUUUAUUUUUUUUAAAUGUCAUUGAUCCCUUGAACUAGCUUACUCAUUAUUUGACAUGAUUACUUGAUGCAUUUCAUUAUUUUAACCUGUCCCCUCAACUCCCCAGUGAGUAUUGUUGUACUCAACUGCUACAGCACGCGGCUGACGGCCAGGUUCACCAUCCUGACGACUUUUGGCAAGUUAUCUGCUCUUGUGGCGAUCAUUAUUGGAGGAAUUAUCGCCCUUUCCCAAGGGACGACCAGUGAGCUGGGCACAGGGUUUAAGGGGACCUCCAACGAUCCUUCGUCCUUGGCCUUGGCUCUCUACAGUGCACAGUGGGCCACCAGUGGGGGGUGAGUUUGGGCCUUUUUAAGAGCACUGGCUGAUUCUGACCAAUUAUUGUUCUUUGUUGUCUUAAAUUGCAAACAAAUGAAAAAUUGAUGGGAAGUUUUAAGCCGUUGAUAUCGUUCAACCAAUGAAAAACUUUACCUUAAAUGUUAUUUAUUAAUAGUCAUUUAAACGGGGAAAACCCAGUUAUUUUAAUUAGGUGAAAUCGUUUCAAAAUUGACACCGGGUUGAAUUUAUUUUUCUUUCUUUUUGUAUGGUAUUUUAUUAUUAUUAUUUUUUUCCAAAAAAUAAAAUUUCAAUAAUGUUUAUAAUGUUUUCAAUAUCUGACAGUGAGAAUCUAGCGAUAUUAGUCGAAGAAGUCAAAAACCCCCAAAAGUAAGUACAGAAACAGAUUGUGGUAAUUAAAAAACAAAUAAGAAAAAAAUGAAGAAAAAUAUAAUAAUAAUAACAUAUUUUAACACAUAGUAUUUUAAACUGAUUGUAUUAUUGUAUAUAAGACUAUAUAACAGAAGUACUUUCUUCUUUUGACAUGUUAAAGAGUCCUCCAUUAGCGAAACAAUUAUGCAUGCGCCACAGCACACACGUUUCAGUGUGAAUAUUGACAGGAUUUUAACAUUCUAAAAAUUGUUGUCCAUCGUUAAAUAAUAAAAUGUGAGAAUGAGCAACAACAACAAAAAAUGUAAGUUUCAAUGUUUUCCUUUCAGGACCAUUCCCAGGUCUUUCAUUCUUGGACUGGUCAUCGUCAUUAUAGUCUACCUCCUGGCCAACAUUUCUUACCUGGCUGUCUUGACCAAGGAUGAGAUGCUCAGUUCUGAAGCUGUUGCUGUUGUGGGUGAUAGUUAAAAAAAUUUUAAAAGUUGAGAAUAUAGGUGGUUUUUUUUUUUUUUUGUUUUUUUUUGUACCAGGGGAUAUUUUAAAUUAACCUUUAUUCCGAGGCUACACCUCAUCAGUAAACUGUAACCUUUCUUCCUAUACUUAUAUCAUCUUUACUGUUAUAAGUUGUUACCCAGGUCUUUCAUUCUUGGACUGGUCAUCGUCAUUAUAGUCUACCUCCUGGCCAACAUUUCUUACCUGGCUGUCUUGACCAAGGAUGAGAUGCUCAGUUUUGAAGCUGUUGCUGUUGUGGGUGAUAGUUAAAAAAAUUUUAAAAGUUGAGAAUAUAGGUGGUUUUUUUUUUUUUUGUUUUUUUUUGUACCAGGGGAUAUUUUAAAUUAACCUUUAUUCCGAGGCUACACCUCAUCAGUAAACUGUAACCUUUCUUCCUAUACUGAUAUCAUCGUUACUGUUAUAAGUUGUUAUGACCAGAGCGGAUUCUUCAAUGAAUAUCAGUUUGGGAGUUAACUGCUAGUUAUUUCAAUGAAAUCUUUAUUCAUGUACUGAUAUCAUUGUUACUUUUAUCAUCUGUUAUGACCAGGGCGGAUACCUCAUCACUUAACUACUAAUUAUUUCUCACCACUGUGAUAAUACGAAGUUCAAGAACUCACAUAUCAAUUAUUUAUUUAUAUAUAACAAAACACAGAAUAAGGUUCACAUCCCAUGAAUGAGGAAAUGAUGAAUGAAUACAGUUCAGUCAUAACACAUCCAUUUCUUUUAGAAAAUAACCAAAUGUUCCGAACUGCUUUUUUCAUUCAAAGAAAUAUUUCUGCUUUUGUAGUUCCUCCUUAUCUAUCUAUAUUUAUAUGUAUGUAUCAAUACCCUGACACGAAAUAGUGCUUUUUCACUCAAAUGCAAAAAGGAUAUUGAUUUUAUGGAAGGGUGAGGGGUGUCUAAUUGAUAUUGAUUUGAUGGGAUGAUGCGGGUGUCAAGUUGAUGCUAGUUUGAUGGGGUUUUUGUUGUUUGUUGUUGUUUUUUUUAAUGUUUUUUUUUUUUUAAUUUGUCUAUUUUUUCGGUCCUAAACAACUAUCAAUGAACCUAGUCUUUUAAAAAACAUACUAGACAGCUCAGUUGCUGAAUUAAGCUCAAUACUUAAAUUUGAUUUACAUUUAAUCACACAGACAUUUGCGGAUAAAGCUCUGGGCAAACUCGCCAUCAUCAUCCCAGUGGCUGUCAUGGUGUCCACGGUUGGAGCUGUCAAUAACACGGUGUUCAGUGGAAGUAGGUCGGUAAACGUAUGCGGUGUUCAGUGGAAGUAGGUCGGUUAACGUAUGCAGUGUUCAGUGGAAGUAGGUCGGUAAACGUUUGCUGUGUUCAGUGGAAGUGGGUCAGUAAACGUAAUGCAGUGUUCAGUGGAAGUAGGUCAGUAAACCCAUGCAGUGUUCAGUGGAAGUAGGUCAGUAAGCGUAUGCAGUGUUCGGUGGAGGUAGGUCAAUAAGCGUACGCAGUGUCCAGUGGAAGUGGGUCAUUAAGUGUAUGUCUCAACGGACAAGUGUGUCUAAUGCACUACGUCUGUACACCAAAGGAAAGUGACGAGAAUUUGCUUCAGACCCUUUGAGUCUUCUGGUUGUAGAGCUAAAAUUGGAAGUGAAAUAUUUUACAAGAAAAUCUUACAAGACGGUUAACCUUCGAGUAAUGAACUAGAACACGGAGCCUUUCAGGUCAUUAAAUAUUUUUAAGAAAAGAAGAAGAAAAAUAGAUUAUUUAUAAAUUCUUUUAGAAACAGGACAUCUAACAAAACGAACACAUUCUUGACCAGAAUCACGUAUUCGGCGGCAAGGGACGGGAUCUUGCCAGAUUUCCUCAACUACAUCCAAGUGCGCCAAUACACGCCGCUGGGGGCUAUGAUAUUAACGGUAAACAGUUUAAAUCGAAAAUUUACGAUCAUACUUUACACAUUGAAAUAAAAUUUAAUGUAGAUUAAAUUGUUAAAAUUUUACAUCCAAAGCGCACAAAAAUAAAAAUAUUUCAUUUUUCAUGUGUCUAAAAUGUGGAAUGUUAGUUUGAUCAACAUACAGUGAAAUCGAUUAGUUGCUGAAAACCAAAAAAAAUGUGUGUAAAUAAAACAAUAUAGGUUAAGCUUUAGUUAUGGUUGCAUAGAAUACAAAUUCAAACGUUUUGGCAAAUCCCUUCAUCAGUACAACAAAAAACAUUCAUGAAUGAAAAAAUUUAAUUUAUAUAUAAAUCCUUUCUAUUUCUAUACCCGGUACCUAAAAAGGGAAAGAAUAAAUGGGCACAAGUCCCUAACAAAAACAAAGCUCAGAAGAGCGGCAGCAAAAUGAACUCUGAAUCAAUUAGCACAGAAAGAGCGGCAAAUUAACCAAAAUUAUUAUCCUUAAAGGGGAAAGAAGUCAUCUCCUCGGUCCCAUGUAAAACAUUAGUGUCUCCCUUCUGUUAAAAUUGCUCAAAUUCAUGAAUUCUUUCCAUUCUUAUUUCUAACAAAGUCCGAUACUAAAACCAAUGUUUCUUUGUUCUGGCAGGUUGUCAUGACUAUGAUUCUGUUGGCCCCAGCAAACUUGGGGACCGUCAUAAAUUAUCUCGGUUUUGUCGAAGCCUUCUUCAACUUCUGUGUUUAUAUUGCAUUCUUCCGCUUUCGAUUUCAGACGAUGAAAGACGUGGAAAGGACGAUAAAGGUAACAUGCAACUAUGUCAGUAAUAUCAGUAAUAUCUUAAGCAGUUCACGAAAUAAAAAAUUGUUUAAAAAUUAACAACUAACUAAAAAUUUCUCUAAAGAACACAAUUCUUAACUAAUAAAUUUAUAAAAGCGAAAUCUUCUGUCAGAAUACAUCUAACAGAAAAUUAAAUACCAAUGUCAUUUCAGCUUAUAUAUGAUGAGAUAAUAUAUAUAUAUAUAUAAACUGUGUGACGUCACAUAGGAUCUUUACCCCUCCCCCACCCCCCACCCCCCACCCUCGUCAAAAGCUGUCAUACUUUCUUAGACACCUCCUCCUUCUCCCGAGAGUGACGUACUUUACAAAAGGUCCCUUAAUUAAUUUAACAAUUACUGUAGCUCUUGUCAAGACAUUUUAGUUUUUAAAGGAAAUUUAAUAAAUAUGAUCAGUGCUAUUUAACAUUCGAUACAGAUAUAUUUCAUAUAGCUUAAAUAUUUAUGAAUAUAAUUUUCAAAAACUUAAAUGUAAUUGUGAUGUUACAAGCAUCUCGUGUGUAAAGAAAUUUAAUAAAUAAUUCAGGUAAGUCAUUUUGAAGGGGACGCAACUGCAUACUCUAAAAAUGUCACGUUAUUCAAAAGGCUUUGUCCCUUGCUAAACAUUAAUUUAUUACCAGCAAGUGGGAUUUGGUUGUUGCGUUCACGACUAUUCCGUGUGCUCAUUAACCACUGAAACUUAAAUCAUACCUCUAAGUAGGAGACUUUUCAAAAACAUGCAAUUGUGUGUUAUUAAUUUAUUCCCUACCUAUAAUUAUUAGCUUCUUUAUUCAUUUUUUUUUAAUAAUAGGAGAAGUAAGUAUUUGAGUGCUGCACUUUAUAGACGUGUAUUCCGUAGUCACCAUUCCCUGCCUCCACAAUACCAAUUUAUCAACAAAAAUACUAAUUUACUCUCACAAUACUAGUUUACAAACAAAAAUGCCAGUUUACUAUCACAAUAUCAAUUUAUCAGCAAAAAUACUAAUUUACUCUCACAAUACUAGUUUACAAACAAAAAUGCCAGUUUACUAUCACAAUAUCAAUUUAUCAGCAAAAAUACCAAUUACUCUACAAUAUCAGUUUACCAACAAAAAAAUUCCUGUUUACUCUCACAAUACCAGUUUACUCCCACAAUACCCUUUUACUCCCACAAUACCAGUUUACUCCCACAAUAUCAUUUUACCAAUUUUAAAAAAAAUUUGCCAAUAGAAAAAGAGCUUAACAACAAAAAGACGAGUUUGCUCCUACAGUACCAGUUUACUCCCAAAAUACCAGUUGACUCCCAAAAUACCAGUUGACUCCCAAAAUACCAGUUUACUCGCAAAAUACCAGUUUACCACCAGUUUUAUCAAUGUUGUCAUUCCUCUCAGGUUCCGCUGAUCAUCCCCGUCUUCAUGCUACUAGUCAAUCUCUACCUGUUUGUUGCCCCGCUGGUGAUCAGCCCACAGUUGGAGUACGCCUAUGUGGUGGCCGCCGUGCUCGGCUCAUCUGUUCUACUUUAUAUACCAUUUAUUCACUUCAAACUUUCACUGCCUUACACUGGUGAGUAGGCAUCAUUUUAUAAAUGUAUAUAUUCAGUAUCAUAUUCAGAUGAGGCCCUGCCAAUCCAUCUCUUCCCAACUUCUUAUGGCAAAGACUCACUCUGACAUUAGAAAGUUCUGAAUAACUUUGAGCCAGGCUAGUGGAGGAAUCUAGACCAAAUCAUGAUAAUUCUGGGUUCUACCUAUGUAUAAUUUAUAUAGGUCUUCCUAUACAAAUAUAUAACUUAAACUAUUUUAACAAUUAAUACCUUAGUGACUUACACAGGUUAAGACAAUCCCCAAGACAAUCCUCAAGACAAUCCUCAAGACAAUCCUCAAGACAAUCCUCAAGACAAUCCUCAAGACAAUCUUCAAGACAAUCCUCAAGACAAUCCUCAAGACAAUCAUCAAGACAAUCCUCAAGACAAUCCUCAAGACAAUCCCCAAGACAAUCCCCAAGACAAUCCUCAAGACAAUCCUCAAGACAAUCCUCAAGACAAUCCUCAAGACAAUCCUCAAGACAAUCCUCAAGACAAUCCUCAAGACAAUCCCCAAGACAAUCGGAAAACACAUAUUUAUAAAGGAGCAACGAAACUAAUUUUAUGGCUGAGGGUCACAAUCAUGGCGCCCGCAGGUGGGGGGGAAGGGGUGCACUUGCACCCCCCUGGAUUGAUUGGAUAAAAAUUUUUUAGACAAAAAAUUUAUUAAAGUAAAGAGAAAAAUAAAGAGAAAGUAACUAAGCUGAUGUCCUGUCCGUUCGUUCACCAUAAAAAUACGCUACAGUAAAUUAAAACUACAUCAAAACAUUACUAAAAAUUUGUCCCCCCCCCCUGGAAAGUUAAUCGAUUUUUUUGCCCCCCCCCCUCUAGAAAGUUUUCUGCGGGCGCCCAUGGUCACAAUAACAUGUGGAACUAAAUAAAAAUACGCUCCAGUAAAAUAAAAAUACAUCAAAACAUUACUUAAAAUUUGUCCCCCCCCCCUGGAAAGUUAAUCGAUUUUUUUGCCCCCCCCCCCUCUAGAAAGUUUUCUGCGGGCGCCCAUGGUCACAAUAACAUGUGGAACUAUAUUACAAGGGUCGUGGCAUUAGGAAGGUUGAGAAUCACUGCCUUAGUCCAAAAUAAAAUCAUGUAAUUUUUUAUUUUUUUUAUUUAAAAUUCUAAUUUGUUUUCUUUUUCUCCUAAAAUAUCUAAUUUCUUUUCAAUCAUUUCCUAUUGUAGUAAAAAUGGAUCUGUUAUUCAAAUAAGGAAUGAAUAACUUUAUGAAUAAAGUAAAUCUAAAACAUAAAAAUUAAAUAAACAAUUAAGGAGAGUGCAUUGUUUCCAUGUUUGAAAAGACUUAAAAAAUACCACUCUAAAAUAAUCUGUCAAAAGUAAAUGUCGUUAUAUAAUCAGUGUGGAUUAUAUGAAUUAUUUAAUAAGUUAUAUUAGACAAUAAGUUUAAUUGGUACUUUUACUGUACAGUUUCUGUUUGUACUCCUGACAAUUGUAUGAUCCUUAAGUAGAGCUCCAAAGGCUGUUUUUAUCAUGUCAUUUUUUUAAAUAUCCGUGUUUAACUUCCUUAAUUAUUUAUAACAUAAUAAACAUAAUUUUUUAACUUCCUUAAUUAACUAUAACAUACUAAACAUAAUUUUUUUAACUUCCUUAAUUAAUUAUAACAUGCUAAACAUAUUUUUUUUUCACAAUUUUUUUGUUUGUUUCUUAUUCAUAAUUUUUUAGUCAAAUUAUUCCAGAUCACCUGGUCGCAUGGUUUCAGAUGCUAUUUCAAGUGUGUCCACCAACAAAAUCUGAAGCAGAAUAAAAAAAAAUGUAUAAGUUUACAUACACACAAAAAUCAUUUUCAAUAAAUUGCUGAGAUAUUA